AUGGCUCUCAACGCAUGUACGAAGCUCCCAGUAGCUCGAUUGAUCAGACCAACAGCUUCCUAUCACCCCGCAAUUAGUAGCAUUCGAUACUACUCUGCACCCCCCGAGAGCACGAUACCGGCCGCAAAGCUGAAAUACAUUCCCACAAGUGGCACAUACCCCAAAGGAUUUUUAGUUUCUGGAACUCAUGUAGGAGUUAAACCCACCAACAAGAAUACGCCAGAUCUUGCUUUCCUUGCCUCGGAGACACCAUGUGCAGCUGCAGCUGUGUUCACAAAGAACAAGUUCCAAGCGGCUCCAGUUACUGUGAGCAGGAAGAUGCUACAAAGAAGGAAUAACACUGGAAUCCGUUCAGUCAUUAUCAAUUCAGGAUGUGCAAAUGCUGUGACCGGAAAGGGUGGAAUGGAAGAUGCUGAGAAGAUGGGUGCUGAAGCUGAUAGAUGUUUUGACACGCCAAGUGAUGGUAAAGGUGGGAGUUCGAUAGUGAUGAGCACUGGUGUAAUUGGUCAAAGACUGCCGAUCCAGAAAAUAUUACUCAAAAUACCUACCGCAUUUGAUGGUCUAGGAAGCUCUCACGAGCAUUGGUUGGCGACUGCAACCGCGAUCUGUACCACCGACACGUUUCCAAAGCUCUUAUCCCGAACAUUCUCCUUGCCCUCUUCCCCAGAAGUGGAAUACAGGAUGGCUGGAAUGAUCGCAACAGAUGCACCCAUCGCACCUGCAUUACUGCCAUCCCUACUUACAAAAGCCGUUAACAAGUCAUUCAAUAGCAUCUCUAUUGAUGGUGAUACUUCUACGAAUGACACGGUUGCUGUCUUGGCAAACGGAGCAGCUGGAGGAAAGGAGGUCACUUCUGAAUCUUCCGAAGAUCAUGCUGCAUUCCAGAAAGUUUUGACCGAGUUCGCUACAGAUCUUGCCAAGCUUGUAGUUCGCGAUGGUGAGGGUGCCACUAAGUUUGUCACUAUUCGUGUGACAGAGGCCCCAUCAGAAAUUGGAGCACGCAAAAUUGCCAGCACGAUCGCAAAAUCUCCCUUGGUAAAGACUGCAUUGUAUGGUAAAGAUGCAAACUGGGGCCGUAUUCUCUGUGCUACUGGCUAUUCCCAAAUUUCGGAACCAGGCGAGCCCAUAAAUGAGGUUCCAGAAAUCAUCCCUGAGAAGACUAGUGUCUCAUUCGUUCCCUCAGAUGGCUCGCCGGAACUUAAGCUCCUGGUGAAUGGAGAGCCAGAAUCAGUGGACGAGGCUCGCGCAGCUGAAAUAUUGGAACAUGAAGAUCUUGAAAUCUUGAUAAAACUUGGUGGUGGAAAGGAGGAGGCAGUGUACUGGACUUGUGAUUUCAGUCAUGAAUACGUCACAAUCAAUGGAGAUUACAGGACAUAA